AUGAACAAUCAGUAAUGUUUCAUAAUGUUACUGUCUUACAUUUGCCUAAAAUACACAUUGAGCCUCUUCUAUUUCCCAGGCAUUUCAAUGUUGCGUUAGAUCCUUUUGCAAUGUACAUAAUGGACAAUAGUUAUACAUCAGGUUUCAUCGACUGUAAGUGAUCAUUUAACUGUGGUGGCAGCAGACUGUCAUGUUCACUGCUGUGCUCUACAACGAGAAACAAGGAAGUAAGUUCUCAGAACUGGAGCUCCACACAUGGGCUGCGUCCGCUGGCAGGAACACAAGCGCUUCUCUUGACGUGCCCCUGAAGUCAACCACAUCUACAGAUUGCCCCGACAAACAGUCUCAGGAGGCACUGUGACCACUGGCGUGGAAGACAGUCCGGCAGGAACUGGUAUUGAGAAGAUUUGGCAGAAGGUGGUGGGACAGAGCCUAAGUGGAGAGAGAACGGGGACGCCAUGGAUGAAUUCAUCCAAAAGCAGGGGGCCUUGUACAUCCAGCGGAAGAGGCUCAGGAGGGUAGGCCCCCAAACCUCAUAUCAGAUGUUCAGGAAUAACUUCUGAUGGACUUAAAUGGGAAAUGGUUUGGGCCAUCAUCCGACAGGAAAGCAGGGCUUCUUCAGCCCGAAUGGAGCUCUUCAGGUACAAGGGACCGAGCACAGGCUGCCUGGAAGAUUCCGGGAAAACCCCGAGGAAGCUAGACAGCGUGAUUGUUCUGCGUGAUGAUAUCCACGUGGCGGCCGUGGGGUCCGAGAUGCCAGACUGUCCUGCCGGGUUUAAGCCUUUUGCGUUAGAUACUGCUGAAGGCUCCUUCAUAUUUGCUGCCUACCUCCCCGAGCUGGAAGGCUGGAUCCAGCAUCUGCAUCAGACAGCUUUCCCUAUGAGCUACUUGGAGUGUGGGGCGCGGAGUGAUGACAGGCUAGCGGAAUUCUCUGGAGAAAACUCAGGGAUGAGGGACAAUCCCAUCUACGACACGUAUACCAAUGGAAACACUGACUUCAUGGCCAAGGUAAAGAGGACAGAGGCGGCAGACCGCUGCGGCCUUCAGGGGCCCUGCAUCCUCACUGUCGGACUCAGGGACAUCCUGCUGAAGAACCCCCUAACCCAGGAGGUGCAGUUCGUCUGGCCCUACCAAUUCAUACGCUACUUUGGAUAUUACAAGUCAAUAUUCUAUUUUGAGGCAGGACGCCGCUGUGAUUCUGGGGAGGGUAAGUUUAAAUUUCAAACCAAAAAGAACGACAGAAUUUCACGGGCCGUCAGCACCGCAAUCAACAAGCAAAUGCAGGAGAAGUGUAUGAAGUCAGAGUCAUCCAUGCGGGACUUCAGUGGUCCUACUCGAACUUUUACUGCCACUCAGCAGCCACCUGCUGGGACCAGGGAUAGCAGCACGGAUCAGGACAGACCGUAUGAUCAGCAAGCAGAGCUACUUGCUGAAAUGGUGCUCCCGGUAGAACUUAGGGGCCUAGUGUUAGAUAGCAAGCUGCCACUUCGGCAUGACAGCGUCACAGAGUCGCUGCCAGGGGAUCCUGACAUGGUCUGCACUGUUGUGCCUGCAGAAGAGCAGCACAGUCGAGCAAGUGCCUGGGCUGUGGCAUCUGGGGAGGAGGAAGAACAAAGACACAUGAACAAAGAUUCGGCCACGGCUUGUGGCCAGCAUUCCCUCAUGUCUCAGGACACGGGUUGCCAGACACAGGGCCCACAAGUCGCAAGGCAGAGUCUGGAUUCUCUGUAUUCCUCAGUCGUAAAGAAAAAGGUCAGGGGGAGAAAGGAGGGCUGCGUGCUCACCAAAGCCAAAUCUGCUUGCUCUUUGGGGACCACAGACUUCAGCGAGAACCAAAUGGUGGUGAAAGACCUUGCUUGUAAGGGUCUACUUCUGGAGGAGGACCUCAUGGAACCUUCAACGUCUCGAGGCUCCCAGUCCUCAGAUAGUAACUGAAAUGACGAUGUUGUUUUAAAAGGAUGUGGUUUCGCAACUGUGCUAAAUAAACACAAAAGAGAAUAGUUUAUGAGCCUUGGCUGGUAUCAUGUGAAACCAACAGGCUCUCCACUCAAUAAAAAUAAUUAAAAUAUCAGCUGAAAACAUAUAAGGACUUUCUGACCUUGGCUUUCAGAUAGAAACUAAACAACUGGAUUACUAAAGUUUUUCCUGUGGGUGGAUUUUGCUCGCGGCCCUGGAGGAAGGUUUGUAAAUCAGGCAACAGAUAAAUCACAUUGUAAGGUCAUUCAAACUAACGGGUUAAAGUUAAAGUUAACAAAUCCCUUCAGAGGUGAGUUCAGGUCCAGAAAUUAAAAAUUCAGACCAAGAUUUUUGUUUCAGCAAACCAGUUGAGUAUAAAGAGUCACAGUUAUUGCUGAACUGGUUGGUUGAAACAAAAUGUUGGUCUGGAUUUGUGUAUUUUAGACCUGAACAAUCCACCUCUGAAUCUCUUAAAACACAUUUUAUGGUGCAAGCAUAUUGUGCGAUUAUUAACUGGACAAAAAAUAUUGAAGACACUGUGAAACACCUUCAGGCAUCAGCUCAGGACCAGGCUGAUGAUCCUCAGUAGGACAAAUUUAGUAAAUACUGGUUAAUCCCCAGAGGCCUGGUUGCCACAGACACAUUUAAAAAUUAUUAUAGAACAAUUAAAAGUAAAUACAGAUAUUUUUAUGACAGACAGUUUGUUGUUUAACAAAAUCCAGUUUUGUGAAGAGUGCUUUUAUUUACAUCUGUUUUUUAUUUUAUUUUGAGAUGCUGCUUGUCCUUUAGGUUUCCCUUUGCGAUACUCUUUUGCCGAUUCUGAAAAUUCAUAGUCUCUGCAUCCUGGGGCCCCUACGUCGGCACAGAGAUGAGAGCAGUUGUUAGUACCCAGGAGAGUUGGGGCCACAUGUGCGUGUGGGGAGGGGGUGGUGAAAAAAUAUGACCCAUCAGCACUACAUUAAAACGAUCCUCUGCUGCAGACUAGUUAAAAACAGACAAAAGUGGCUUUUGGUAAAGGGUUAGAUCUCUUCUUCAAGCACUAUAUAAAUGUAUAUAUCGUAGAGUGGUUAUCAAUAAACCUAAUGUUUUACUUUGUCCCCUGGUCCAGUGCCAAUGAAGCUCGUCUGAGUUGCGCAGCCUUUUCUUCUACCUUCUCAAAGUCAGAGUCACUAAUGCCAAAAUGAACAUUGUCCUUCAAAGCCAAAACAUAUAGCUUAUCUGUAGCGUUACAAACUUGUUACUUGUUACAUGGUCUGAAAUGUCAUGUUGAUUUCAAUGAAAGGUGAGCCUUGUUUUAAAUGUGAGGAUUUUUAUGAUUAUGGUCAAAGACUUUUGUCUGCAUGUAUUUGUUUUAUGUGUUGUACAUUUUUCAUAAAUGUACUGCCUAAGGA